AUGUCCCGCAGCCUUCUUCUGAUCCGCUCCUCGCCCGCGCUGGGCACUGGCUCAUACGGCACCGUCCCGUUGCUAAACGAAAGGUCCGAGUCGGACGUGGAUUCGGAAGAUGAGCUCUCACACGGCCAUACCAUUUCCAAGAAGAGUCGGGGGAAGCGAAUCCAGUCUACCGGUGACCUAGAGAAUGAGCCUGGACACUUCCAAGAUUCACGCCGCCAGCAACAGCAUCAGCAUCAGCGUAGCUCAAAAUGGGCUCGGCGGAGGUCGUCCUCCAGCGCAAGUGAGGUAGGGAUGGGCCUGGACGCCAAAGCCUCCUUCGCACCUCCCAUCGCUGGACAUAAAGCCGAGUCAUCCAACGCGAGCACACGGACAGGAAGUGGCUCAGAGGUCGAGCAAGAAUACGUCCCUGGUGGCGACGAUCCUCCCGACAACUCGCCUUAUCCAGAAGUUCGAGCUUCGGUCCCAGCCACGGACAACACGGCACUCUCCAUAAGCACACCGCGAAUGUGGAUUUUGUCCCUGUUGUUUGCGAUAGCUGGCUCCGCCACAAAUCUGUUUUUCUCCUUGAGAUACCCAAGCGUCGCCAUCACACCGGUCAUCGCUCUUGUACUAGUUCAUCCUCUUGGGAAGCUUUGGGACUUCCUCUUCAAGCGCGGAGACGACCAGGAACAGUUCUUUGUCGAGGGGUCGUUGCAGAGAGAGGACCCACGAUUCGGGGACAGUCGGCUGCGCAGACUCAGGCUGUGGUUGGCUCAAGGGCAAUGGAACGAGAAAGAACAUGCCUGCGUCUACAUCAGCAGCAACGUCUCUUUUGGAUUCGCCUUUGCCACCGAUGUCAUUGUCGAGCAGCACAAGUUCUACAAGCAGGACGUUCCGAUCCUCUACCAGCUACUAUUGACUAUCUCCACUCAAAUCCUUGGGUACGCGUUUGCCGGCUUGACGCGGCGAUUCUUGGUGCGCCCUGCAGCUAUGAUUUGGCCUGGCACUUUGAUGUCGACGGCCAUGUUCACUACCAUGCACAAGGACGAGAACAAGCCGGCCAACGGCUGGACGGUCUCCCGCUAUAAAUUCUUCCUGUAUGUCUGGGGCGCAGCCUUCCUAUGGUAUUUCUUCCCGGGCCUCAUCAUGCCUGCAUUGAGCUAUUUCAAUGUCAUCACCUGGUUCGCACCGAAGAACGUAGUUGUCGCCAAUCUGUUUGGCGUGGCAUCCGGGCUGGGGCUCUUCCCCCUGACGUUCGACUGGGCCCAAAUUGCCUACAUCGGGUCACCGCUAUUGACACCCUGGUGGGCUGCAGCCAACGUUGUCGGCGGGCUGGUGCUAGUGAUGUGGAUCAUUGCUCCCAUCCUAUACUACAAGAACGUCCUUUUCUCUGCCUACCUCCCGAUCCUGUCAUCGGCCGUGUUCGAUAACACCGGCAAACCAUACGAAGUCAGCAAAAUUCUCACACCGGAUUUUCUGUUCGACAAGGUAGCGUACGACAAUUAUUCCAAGGUCUACCUUCCCAUCACAUAUGUGCUCUCUUAUGGAGUCCAGUUCGCGGCGCUGUCGGCGCUGAUCACACACACGACUUGCUGGCAUGGUCGAGACAUAUGGCGCCAAUCCCAGCAAGCCUUCCAAGAGAGACAGGAGAAGAACAACUUGGGCUACCAAGCCAUUCCGUCCUUGAACGGCCAGAAUGGCCAUGACGAAAUCCACAGAGUCGACAGCCAGACCAUCAAAGCGGGAGGAGAAGAUGUGCACAAUCGCCUCAUGAGACGAUACCAGGAUGUCCCCAUGAUGUGGUAUGCCUUGACGUUCGUGACGAUGCUAGCCGUUGGCAUCUUCGUGGUUGAAUACUACCCCGUUCACCUCCCUUGGUACGGACUCCUCAUGGCUCUGGGGAUCACGACCGUCCUCUUCAUACCGGUCGGCAUUGUCAUGGCCAUCACCAACCAACACAGCAGCCUGUACCUCAUCUGCCAACUGAUCUGUGGGGUUGUCUUCCCCGGUCGCCCCGUCGCAAACAUGGUCUUCGUGACGUACUGCUACAUCUCUUCCGCGCAGGGGAUCAAAUUCUCCUCGGACCUCAAACUCGGCCACUACAUGAAGAUCCCACCAAAGCUCCUCUUCAAGGUCCAGAUGGUCGCCACGCUCGUCUCGAGUCUCGUGCAGAUCACCGUCCUGAACUGGAUGUUCACCAACAUCCCCGGCAUCUGCACGCCCCAAGCCAUCAACGGCUUUAAUUGCCCUAUUGCCCGCGUGCAUUUCAACGGCAGCAUCCUGUGGGGAGUCGUUGGCCCACAACGAUUCUUCGGUCCAGGGGCCCUCUAUCGUCCCCUCGUCUGGGCAUUCCUGAUCGGUUUCAUCGCACCGAUCCUGAUCUGGCUCCUCAGCCGCAACAAGAAGAAAUCCGUGUUCCGCAAAAUCAACCUCCCCGUGCUCUUCGGGUCGUUGUCGUGGAUCCCGCCGGCCACGGGUCUGAACUUCUCCAUCUGGGCCGUCGUGUGCUUUGUCUUCAAUUCCUUUCUGCGCAGACGCGCGCCCGGCUGGUGGGGGAAAUAUACCAUGACCAUGUCCGCGGCGUUGGAUUCCGGGCUGGCGUUUUCAUUGCUGAUCGUCUUCUUUGGAUUCGUGUACCCGGGGUGGACCGAGGGGUUCUCGUGGUGGGGCACCGAGGUGUAUAAACGGGGUUGUGACUGGCAGGCUUGCGCCUGGUUCAAAUUGGGGCCGGGAGAACGGUUCGGCGGGUGA